AAACUCACAUCACCUUUGAGUUCUUUCUUUCACAAGAUUCUUUGAAAGAAGAAAUCAAUUCGGGGUUGAAAAAAUGUGUUCUUUAGGCACAACAAAGAAUGUUCCUCAUGUUGUGUGUGUCCCAUAUCCAGCACAAGGUCACAUAAACCCAAUGCUGAACAUAGCAAAACUUCUUCAUUUCAAAGGUGGUUUUCAUGUCACCUUUGUUAACACAGAAUACAAUCACAAACGUCAUCUCAAAGCUAGAGGUCCUGAUUCUCUCAACGGUCUACCAACUUUUCGCUUCGAAACAAUCCCUGAUGGUCUUCCGGAGUCCAAUGUCGAUUCGACACAAGAUAUUCCUUCCUUGUGUGAAUCCACAAGAAAAACUUGUUUACCUCAUUUUAAGAAUCUUCUUUCAAAACUCAACGAUGCUUUAGACACUCCUCCAGUAACUUGCAUUGUUUCUGAUGGUGUUAUGAGCUUUACUUUGGAUGCUGCUCAAGAACUUAACAUCCCACAAGUCCUUUUUUGGACAACUAGUGCAUGUGGUUUCAUGUGCUAUGCACAAUAUCGCCAACUUAUGGAAAAGGGCUUAACACCACUCAAAGACUGGAGUGACAUGACAAAUGGGUAUCUAGAGACUCCAAUAGAUUGGGUGCCAGGCAUAAAAGAAAUUCGAUUGAAAGAUCUUCCAAGCUUCAUAAGAACCACAGACCCAAAUGAUCCAAUGAUUGAGUUCAUGUCAAGAGAGUGCCAAAGAGCUCAAAAAGCAUCUGCUAUAAUUUUGAACACAUUUGAUGCUUUAGAGCAUGAUGUUUUGGAAGCAUUCUCUUCAAUUUUUCCUCCUAUCUAUUCCAUUGGCCCCUUAAAUUUACUCUUGAAAGAUGUGACCAAUGAAGAAUUGAACUCAAUAGGGUCCAACCUUUGGAAAGAAGAUUCAAAGUGUUUGAAAUGGCUAAACAACAAAGAACCAAACACUGUUGUUUAUGUCAAUUUUGGUAGCGUCACUGUUAUGACAAAAGAACAAAUGAUUGAGUUUGCUUGGGGGUUAAGUAACAGUAAAAAACCGUUUUUGUGGGUCAUAAGGCCGGAUCUUGUAGCCGGUGAAAAUGCUGUUCUACCUCUAGAGUUUUUGGAAGAGACGAAAGAUAGAGGAUUGUUGUCAAGUUGGUGUCUACAAGGGGAAGUGUUGGCUCAUUCCGCUAUAGGAGGAUUCUUGACACAUAGUGGUUGGAAUUCGACGUUGGAGAGUGUGUGUGCCGGUGUUCCAAUGAUAUGUUGGCCGUUCUUUGCGGAGCAACAAACUAAUUGUAGGUUUUGUUGUAAUGAGUGGGAGAUUGGUUUGGAGAUUGAAGAUGCUAAGAGGGACAAAAUUGAGAGCCUUGUGAAGGAGUUGUUGGAUGGUGAAAAGGGUAAAGAGAUGAAAGCAAAAGCUUUGCAAUGGAAGAAAUUGGCACACAAUGCUGCUUCUGGUCCACAUGGAUCAUCCUUUAUGAAUCUGGAGAACCUCUUUCGUGAUGUACUUUUGUGAGAAAGGUUCAAAUUUUUCAUAGUUUGUGCUUUUUCAGAUUAAAUAAAAAAAUAAAAACUUUUGAAAUAAAGUUAAAGUUGUUUGGUAAAAACUUUGGUGAUGUUUUCUUGUGAGAAAAGUCCAAAUUUUUAGUGCUUGUGGUUUUUCUGCUUAUUAAUAUUGAAUAAUAAGUAUACUUUUUUUUGAAGAAGAAUAAUAAGUAUAUACUAUUACGAGGUUCUCGAUGAA